AUUUUGCUCAAUCUCUCCUUGCUCACAAAGCAACGAUGGCGAUUUCCCCUGGGGUUUAUUUUCUCUGUCUGCUGAACCUCUUCUCAUUUGGGGCGAUAUUUUCUUCGGCUACCCUUUUUACACUCGAAAAUGGAUGUAAUUUCACUGUUUGGCCUGGUUCUCUGGCCGGAAAAGGCCCUUCCAUUGGUGGUGGUGGUUUUGCAUUGGCGCCUGGUUCAUCAUCUCAAUUCCAGGCUCCAGCCGGUUGGUCCGGUCUCUUUUGGGGUCGAACCGGCUGCAAAUUCGACAACGCUGGCAAAUGUGUAACCGGCAACUGCGGUGGCGGGUUAAAGUGUAGCGGCGGUGGUGAGCCACCCGUUUCCCUGGUAGAGUUCACCCUUAAUGGAAGUGAUAAUAAGGAUUUUUACAACGUUAGCCCGGUGGAUGGUUACAACCUUGGGUUAGCAGUGAAGGCCGUUGGUGGCACAGGGACUUGCCAAUACGCAGGUUGUGUCAAGGAUCUCAAUAUAGAUUGCCCCGCAGAGUUACAGAUGUUAGAUUCGGGUUCUGUCAUCUCUUGUAAAAGUGCCUGUGCCGCCUUCAACAAGCAGGAAUAUUGCUGCACCGGCGACCAUGCUACACCUCAGUCAUGCUCACCAACCAAGUACUCGCAGCUGUUCAAGAAUGCAUGCCCCACGGCUUACAGUUAUCCUUGCGAUAAUGCCACCAGUACUAUGACCUGUAUGGGGUCGGAUUACGCGAUCACAUUUUGUCCCACUGGGUCAUCAACAUGA